UAUGUGCCACCCACACAGAGACACACACACACACAGACACACACACUGAGAGAGAGAGAGAGAGAGAGAGAGAGAGAGAGAGAGAGAGAGAGAGAGAGAGAGAGAGAGAGAGAGAGAGAGAGAUGGAAGAAUGGAGGGGGAAGGCGGUGUGGGGAUGGGUGGUGGUGGUGUUGGUAUUACUAGGAUUGAGAGUGGAGGGUUCGCCGCCGGCAGGGAGAGGAGAGGUGGGCAACUUCCAUAGAGGGAAGCCGAGGACGUGCAGGACGGAGACCGUUGCCGGCGGAGUCCGAUGUCCUACGGGCAAGGUAUGUGUAGUGUCGACGCUAGGCCGACCAGAGGUGGACAUCCCUCACUCGGGUUAUUGCGGCCGCGCACGCCGCGGCAAACAGUGCUUUUACAAGGGCUAUUACUACCAAACUGGCGUGGAUGGCAUUCCCACCGGCGAUGGGUGCAAUUUCUGUAGCUGUGAGGCGGGAGGCGUCCUCAAGUGCUCAAACAAAACCGCUGUCACUCCGUGUCUUACCGAUCCCUGCGCCGGCAAGACCUGUCUGACGUACCCAUCUGCCAUCUGCAGAGCUAAUUACUGCGGCGGCUGCUCUUUCGACUUCUUCUUGGACUCAGAUAGCUCCUCCACAAAGGUUACUUCGUCGUGCGGGACAUCCUGCAACUGCACUCAGCCGUCCGAUCCUGAGGAGCAGGUGUGCGGCAAAGACGGUCGCAACUACGCUAGCGCGUGCUUCGCUGACUGUGUCAACGUCACCUCGCGGCCUGGGGAUUGCCGCUCCGCCUGCAUUUGUCCCAAAAUCCUCAGCCCCGUGUGCGGCAGCGACGGGACCACGUACGGCAAUUCCUGCACGGCGCGCUGUGCGUUCGUGGACAAGAUGAGGCCCGGGGAGUGCUCCGUCGUCUGUGCCUGCUCUGACGAUCGGGAUCCCGUCUGUGGUAGCGAUGGAAAGACGUACACGAACAAGUGCAUGGCUGACUGCCACUUCGUGACCAGCUAUGUCCCCGGCGCGUGCGAAUGAGCGACACCGGGGGGAGGAAGAGGAAGAGGAAGAAGGAGGUGUGAGGAAGGAGGGAAGAUGGAUGGAGAGGAGGAGAAAAUGUGGAAGGAGGAAUCGAGCAGUAGCCUAAGGGAGAAAUAAAGAAAGGAGAAAAGACGCAGCAGAGGAGGGAGGAUGGAGAGGAGGAGAAAAUGUGGAAGGAGGAAUCGAGAGCAGUAGCCUAAGGGAGAAAGAAAGAAAGGCGAAAAGACGCAGCAGUAGCAACUCUGAGCUUCGUAAAGUCAUGAGCUAGAGGGAGGAAAAAGUGAGCAGCGCGUACGAUUCCGUGAGUGGAUCGAGGAAGGGGCGAGGAAGACUCGAGGGAAGAAUCGAUGAAGACUCGAGGGAAGGAUCGAUGAAGACUCGAGAGAAGAAUCGAUGAAGACUCGAGAAGUAGGAGGGAGGAAGACUUGAGAAGGAGGGAGGAAGAAUCGACGAAGAGUCGAGAGGAAGAAAAGAGGAAGGAAGAAGGGAAUAGCAUUUGUGGGAGUAGUAGUAGUAGUAGUAGUAGUGAAAGGAGAAGGAGAAGGAGGAGCAGGAUGAGAGUUCAGCUACUGGUGAUCUUGUACAGAUCGGGUGGGUGGUGUUAGAUGACCGUGCAUGCGCGCUUGUCGCAACCAAGGGGCAAACAUCCUACUCCCCAUUUCGCUCUCUCCCUUCCUUCCUCUCUCUCUCUCUCUCUCUCUCUCUCUCUCUCUCUCACACACACACACACACACACACACACACACACACACACACACACACAGACACACGUGUCGCACGGUAUCUCAAUGUUUUCUCGUACACGACUGUGCAAGAGGGAAGCGAGGGGGGAGAGAACGGAGCAAGGAAGCCGCGCGUGCGCUAGAGAGCGAGAGAGAGAGAGAGAGAGAGAGAGAGAGAGAGAGAGAGCAGGUUGAUUUACUGAACAGGCGAACACCAGGGAACGCCUGUGCGUUCCUGACGGCAGUCGAGAUGUAUCCCCCGUGGCUGGUCAGCUCCGCAGAGCGAAGAACUCGGGAGGGGGGGGAAUGGGAGGUCAUAACGCGAGAUAGCAGUUGAGGCGAUGGAGGAAAGAGGUAGUCGCGCUGCCUUGGCGUGCUCGAGGUGAAAAUGGGCCUCUGUCCCAAGAGACAUGGGGUGUGGGAUGAUUAAUCCCGAUUUGUACAAUAUGGUGAGGUCCUUAGCGACGAAGGAAGCAGUUAGGAGACAGACUAUCCGCAUGCAUUGUGGAUCUGUGUGCGUGUGUAUGGGGCGAGAGAGAGAGAGAGAGAGAGAGAGAGAGAGAGAGAGAGAGAGGUCGGGGGAGGGAGGGGAUUCCCCGAAGCCAAGGUGAUCGA